AUGGAAGUAGUAGAGAUCGAUACACAACAACGUCAGUACGUGCACAUAGAUAAGUUAUCAUCUAACAUCCCUCCUUCAUACAUAUACUCCACCCAACCCCAUUCAUCUUCAUCGCCUUUAGUGCAUACGCUACACUCCGAGUGGAUAGAUACCCCUACAAAUUCCCCAUCCAAGAUGCUGUACACUCGUGUCUAUGAGACGCCGCUGAAACAGCAGAAAUACCAGACCUUUCCGAAUGACAAGAAGGGAGGAGCAGUACCGGUGGAGACUGUCGAAACUCAGCUAGCCACCCCGCUUAGUACCAAUAAACCAGCUGCUGGACCUGCUGGUUCCAAUAGUACUUCACUUUCCAAUUCCAUGACUAGCGCUGCUAACGUCGUUCCUGAAAAUACCAUUACACAUGCGAUUGUUAGAGACAGGCCCAGUGUACACCAGAUGGACAUCUUCUGGUCAAUGCUCAAUGAUGUUGUGGGUAAGGAUAAGAUGGCCAAGUUUGGCCAGUACACCUUAAGGCUCUUGAUAUAUUGGGCCAACAAGUCUGAGAACUACCUUGCUGAUUCCCAAAUCAAUUUUAAAACCAUAAACCUAAGAUACAACGAUAGCGAGAAGAAACUAAACUUAUUUAUGAACUUUCUCAAGCACCCACAGAACUUUAUACGUAUAAUUACCAUAUUGGUAUGUUCUAUAUUCUCUUCCAGGUUCGCUGGUAUGGUGAAAGGCUUGUCCAUGUAUAGGCAAUUCUUGAGAUUCGGAAAGACUCCCUUCAGAGUGAGAAAUCUCUACAACAAGUUAAGAGAUGCUAUCAUUUUUGAUAAGGAGAAGCAGUUGUUGGACUUGAGCCACUUCCAAGCGAAGUUCUUGACCAAUUCAACUCUCGGUGAUUUGGCUAGUUUGUACUACGGCGUUAGUGAUGAGACUUUGUUACUUUAUAAAUUGGAUUUCCUCUCUAACAAACCUCUUCAUGCUCUCGUAAAUAGACAUGAAGCACUUGCCUGGUAUUCAGAGACCAUAUUGGGACUCUAUAAUGCCUACGAAAACUUACAGAAUCUCUCCCAGAGAGAGAUAGAGUUGAAAAUCCAGAUACAGGUGAAAUCUAGGUCAAGAGUGCUCUCCAAACAAUUAUUGGGGGGUACUAUUACCACCAUGGACACACAUAUAGGAGACGAGAAGGAUUUACUCAAAUUGAAAGAAAUACAAUUCAAAAAGACCAACAUCCAUUUAGAUAUAUAUAAGGGUCUUUCUGAUUUCUUCUUUAACAGUUACACUGUUUUCAGAUCGCCAUUGCCAUUUGCCACAUUACAGAUUUUGUUAGGGAUAAGUGCAUCUUCGUUCAGUAUAAUAAAAUUGUACCGUGAAACCAAGAAAAAGUUAGAAGCUAAGGUUGCACUAAAGUAA